AUGAAGAUGCUGAUGUGUGACCGCGGCGUCCAGAUGCUCGUGACGACGGUGGGCGCGUUCGCCGCCUUCAGCCUCAUGACCAUCGCCGUCGGUACCGACUACUGGCUGUACUCGCGCGGGGUCUGCCGCGUGAAGAGCAGCGGCGACAACGACACGAGCCGCAAGAACGAGGAGGUGAUGACGCACUCCGGCCUCUGGCGAACCUGCUGUCUGGAAGGAACCUUCAGAGGUGUGUGUAAGAAGAUUGAUCACUUCCCAGAGGAUGCCGACUAUGAAGCAGACGCUGCCGAGUAUCUCCUCAGAGCUGUACGAGCCUCCAGUAUCUUCCCCAUCAUGAGUGUGGGUCUGCUGUUUCUGGGGGGCCUCUGUGUGGCCGCCAGUGAGUUUUACCGAAGUCGGCACAACGUCAUCCUCAGUGCGGGGAUCUUCUUUGUCUCUGCAGGUCUUAGUAACAUCAUAGGAAUUAUCGUCUAUAUCUCGGCCAACUCGGGGGAUCCAGGCCAGAGCGACAGCAAAAAGUCCUACUCCUACGGCUGGUCCUUCUACUUUGGCGCUCUCUCCUUCAUCAUGGCGGAGAUGGUUGGCGUCCUGGCCGUUCAUAUGUUCAUAGAGAAGCACCGUAAGCUACGGGCCAAAUCCCGCACGGAGCUCAUCAAAAAGUCCGCCUUCAGCCGCAUUCCUUCCUAUCGCUACCGCUUCCGGCGCCGCUCCAGCGUACGUUCUUCCGAGGCCCCCAGCCGCGACGCCUCCCCUCUGGGUAAAGGAGGCUACACGGGGCCUGCUGCCUCCGAGAUGCCCAUGUACACGCUGAACCCGCGUGAGGCGGGAAACGCCGGCACUAAAGGUGGCGGCGGCAUGGGUGGCCUUCUCAACUCAGAGAGGGAGUUUCUCCAGAGCAGCACGCUCACAAAAGACUACAACAAGGACCCCAACCGCAGAACCACGCCCGUGUGA